CCUCUGCGGCGAGCGCGUUGCAUCCAUGUCUGAUAUUUAAUAUGCAGCUUUGUACUAGUUAAUUUACAGUAACAGUGGAGGUAGCUUAUUAUUGUUCAUCAUAGUUCGGUAAUAGUCGAGAGGGUCCUCGCACGAGCUACACUUAGUAAUGUUGAAUUUGAAUCCUGUGUUUGCGGGGCGGUGAUUUCCUCAUUUCACUUUUCUUAAACACACGUACUUGUCAGAUUGUCAACGCAAAACGGUCUCAGUAACUCAUGUGCAGCACAUCGUCUUUCGGAGUUUCUGCGAGGCCACACACGAUUGCAGGCUCUCACGCACACACUUCCGUUCCGUCUGUCACCGGCGCCUUUCACUCACUGACAACAGACAACGUGUUCCAUGCGAUUUUUUAACACUCCGGUUUACAUUCUGUGGGAAUUAUACACUGUAUCGUUGAGGAAACAUCAAUUGUAAAGACCAGUCAUGGAAGUGAAGGGCUCGCGCCUGCUGCUCUGCGUCCUGCUCGCGGCGCACUGCGCGUCCUCACAGAGCGCGCCCAAGAAGCCUGGAAAGAAAGAGGGUGCAAACACAGCUGCCAUUGAAGAACUGAAGAAGCAGGUGGAGAACAUCAUGCAGGAGCUGAGCCUUCUGAAGGAGCAACUGGCCCUUUUAACAGUUUGUCUGAAAGGAACCAAAAUCCAUGGAAAAUGUCUCUUAGCAGAUGGUGUGAAGAAGCAAUACCAUACAGCCAGCGAGGAUUGUAUAGCCAAGGGUGGAACCCUUAGUGUCCCGCGGACGGAUGAGGAGAACGAGCAGCUGCACGAGUAUGUCCGCCAGAGCAUGGGGCCGGAGGAGCACGUGUGGCUUGGCAUUAAUGACAUGGCAAGUGAAGGCGACUGGGUGGACCAUGCAGCUUUCAGCGUGCGCUACAAGAACUGGGAGACAGAAAUCACCCACCAGCCUGAUGGUGGACGGGUGCACAACUGCGUGGUGCUCUCCACCACCGCCAACGGCAAGUGGUUUGACGAGAACUGUCGGGCAGAAAAGGCCUCUGUGUGCGAGUUCAACAUUAUCUAAACUCAAUCAAAGCAGUCAUUCUCAGAAACAUUGGUCCUGAUCCCAUGUUGCCUGUUUGUUUAAUAUAAUCAUGAUAUAAGCAGGAGUCACCAUGAGAGAUGGGCAGAGCUGGGCAGUCCUCCCCUUCUUCCUCAGGUUACGCCUCUUACAGUAUAUUAUACAGCAUCUGGAAUUUGUCAUUAUGCUGUGAGCAUAAAAGAAUGGAAGAAAUAUUUCACAACUCUAAGCCAGUACAUUUCUUUUCCAAAUAAGCUCUAGAACCUCAAUUCCACAGUAUAUGCAUGUGUUUUUCUUCCAGGGGGCUGGAAAACUUACUGGGCUUUACCUUAUAAUUAGAUUAAGUUAAAUAUCCCAUUGUAUUCGAGCUAAUAUCAAAUGUGUGUUAACUUCCAUGUAGCUUGCAUUAUAAUACGAUAUUCUUCAGGGGGACUCUAACAAAUCUUCAUUCAACUGAAAUGUCAAAUGGGCGAAGCGUUAUUACAAAUUUCAAAGUGACUUUUCUUUGUACUUUAUUGAAUUUAGUACAUUUGCAGUAUUGCUGCUGGUGUCUUCUGCCAGUAUAUGAACAAUGAUUAUUAUUCUUAGUUUAAUGACAGAAUAAAACCUGUAGAAAUCUGGGUCAUUUCCCCAUCAUUUGAAACACUUCCACCUUGGAACACUGUAUGUGUUGAAAUUACAGCACACGGGGGUUUAUAAAGGCUUUUUUUCCUGACAGCUGCGAUCCAUAAGCUAAAUAUUGGGUGUAAAACAAACACAUGAAAUAUGUAAUCAAAUUUAAUCUGGUUAUUGGGACAGUUAUUUAAAUUUAAUAGCCUAAUGGGAACAUGGGGGUGUGGUGGCACAGCGGGUUUGGCCU